UAAGGGAAGCAAUACAAAAGCUGUUCCUCUGUUCUGUGGGGAAGGGAAUUCUGUGCUGCAACUCUGGGCCCAGAUUCCAUCCUAAACCCAGGAUCCAGCUACUGUCACCCAACAAUUCUAUUACUCUGUUCAGGAGGAGACGCUAAGACCAGAUAGACACGAUGGAGACCACUCAGUUUGACAAUCACACGUCGUUCUCCAUUCAUGGGCAUAAAAUGCAAUUCAAUGUUAUUAAGUUUCUCACCACAAUAAACAAUGUAACGGUCGGACACUGUUAUAAUUCGCAGGCCCGCAGCACUGUACUUCAGGGGCUACCCUUUGGCGGGAUCCCCACUGUCCUGGCCACUAAUGUUGUCCUGUGGAUGGUGCUGCUGCUGGUGUUCUCCUGCCUGAGGAAGGCGGCCUGGGAUUAUGGGCGCUUGGCUCUGUUGAUGGAUAAUGACAGUGUAACGUCUCUAUUCUAUGGGGAGCAGACGGAUAAAGAGAAAUCUCCAUCUGAAUCCAGCCCCUCAGAUGUGGAGAGUAAGGAUGUGGGGUUCUGCUCCUGGCUCUCGUCUCUCUAUUACAUGAGGGAUUCGGAGAUUCAGUGUAAGAGCGGCAUCGAUGCCACCAUCUACCUCUCGUUCCAGCGCCACAUCCUGGUGCUGCUCACACUGAUCUGUGUCCUGUCCAUUGGGAUCAUCCUCCCGGUCAACUUCUCUGGUGAUCUACUGGGUUCAAGUCCACAGCAUUUCGGACGCACAACGAUUGCAAAUGUACCAGCUGAGGAUGGGCUGCUCUGGCUGCACAGUAUCUUUGCACUGAUUUAUUUCCUGAUGACAGUGAGCUGUAUGACCCAUCACUCGCUGCAGCUGGAAUAUCAGGAGAAUGAGAAGGUGGCGAGGACGCUGAUGAUUGCACAGAUUCCAAAGGAAAUCUCUGACCCUGGUCUCCUCACCAAGCACUUCCAUGAGGCGUAUCCUGGCUGCACUGUCAGUGACAUUCAGUUCUGCUUUGAUGUUCGAAGACUCAUGAAACUGGAAUCUGAGAGGCAUAAGGCAAUGAGAGGUCGAUUGUAUUUCACAGCCAAGGCCCAGAAAGAGGGGAAGAUAAUGAUCAGGACAAACUCCUGUGCUCGAAUUUGCUGCUGUGAGUGUGGUUUUGCGAAGGUGGAUGCUGAGCAGUAUUACAGUGAGUUGGAAGAAAAACUUACAGACGAGUUUUAUGCCGAACUGAACCGCAUCUCCUUAAAACGUUUAGGAAUGGGAUUCGUAACAUUCCAAGAUGAUCGGAUGACAGCAGUUAUAGUGAAGGAUUACAGACGGACGCGGUGCCAGCGACGGCCGCAGCAAUCCAGCAUCACCACUGUGGUGAAGUCCCACCAGUGGAACGUGAGCUACGCACCAGCUCCCAACAACAUCAUCUGGGAGAAUCUGUCUGUUCAGAGCACCGAGUGGUGGAUUCGCUGCAUCGUCCUCAACACCUUCCUCUUCAUCCUACUCUUCUUCCUCACCACGCCGGCCAUUAUUGUCAACACCAUGGACAGGUUCAAUGUCACCAAUCCCAUCCAGAGCCUCAAGAAUCCAAUUGUGACUCAGUUCUUCCCGACGCUGCUGCUCUGGGGUUUCUCUCACGUUUUGCCGUUCAUCGUUUACCGCUCAGCAUUCUUCGAGUGUCACUGGACACGAUCCACUGAGAACCAAGUGACGAUGCACAAAUGUUAUUUCUUCCUGGUUUUCAUGGUGAUUAUUCUGCCCUCUCUGGGCCUGACCAGCCUCGACGUCUUUUUCCGAUGGUUGUUUGACAUCCACUUUCUUGAUCAAGCCAACAUUAAAUUUCAAUGUGUCUUUCUCCCAGAUAAUGGCGCUUUCUUUGUUAAUUACAUCAUAACAUCCAGUCUAAUUGGUACCGCGAUGGAACUUCUGCGGAUUCCGGGUCUGAUCGUUUACGCCUUGCGAUUGUGCUUUGCUAAAACAGAACCUGAGCAGAUCCAUGUGAAGAAGAGUCAGGCCUAUGAGUAUCAGUACGGGUUAGAAUACGCCUGGACCAUGUGCAGCUUUGCUGUUGUGAUGACGUACAGCAUCACAUGCCCACUCAUUGUCCCCUUUGGGCUGGUGUACAUGCUGCUCAAGCACCUGGUGGAUCGCUACAACAUUUACUAUGCCUGCGUCCCGACCAAACUGGAUCAGCACAUUCACUCUGCGGCUGUCAGUCAGGUCAUCAUGGGCCCCAUCCUCUGCAUGUUCUGGCUCCUCUUCUUCUCUGUAUUGCGCUUGGGUCCGGUCCAGCCCAUCACUCUCUUCACGUUUAUCACUCUGCUUUUUUGCAUUAUCUUCUCUAUACUUGGGGCUUGCAUCAAACGAUUCAAGAAGCAGCAAGUUCCCAGCUACCAGAUGGCAGACCAGCAGUCAGAGAGUGGCUUCACGGACACUGAGAGAUCCAGCGUAUCUUCAACACCAAAUUCCACUAUGUACAUUGCUGCGGUUCUGCAGGAUCCUGAGGUUGGGCUGACACCUGCAGCCUCGCCUGCACACCUGUCUUAUGGAGCAAUGGGAAACCGUGUGGAAGGGACUAAACUGGGAAACACGGAUCAGAUGCAAAGUUUGGAAUCAGACCUGGAACGUCAGCAGGAUUUGGCACCAGGAUCGUUAAUGGAUAACGAAAUCCAAUAUCACUAGCAUGAGAUAUCAACGGGACAUAAUUUAGCGUUGCAUUAACUGGCAGGAUGCCUGUCACUGAGCAGAAGCUGUUUAUAUCCGGAGCUGGAGUGAGAUGGAUACUGAAAUCUAACUGACUUGCCAAGUUGCUCUGCCAACAAGGGGGAAAUGCUGUGCUGUUCAGAUCAAUUUCCAUCACUUGUUCUGUCUCCGUGCUUUGGAUGGAAGGCUCACUUAGACUACUCUGCCUGUCUCGGGAGCUGCAUGUGGUGGUACCAAGACUCGGUGAGAAAUGAGAAACCAGAGACACUGAACAGCAUCCAGAGCCAUCGCUUAACCCUAAGCUGCACCAGCCACUGACACAGGCGGCUUUGUACCUAUCUAUAGAUACACAGGGCUUGUCAGUCGCAUACUGCUGUUACUUUUUGCUGUAAUAUAUGAAACUAAGUGGCCUUUUUCACUGCUCACCUGAUGUUCCGAUUGUGUUUUAACUGAACGUAAUAUUCGAUAAAUACCACGCUGCUCGAUUCUG